GACACGCUUUACCAUGCAGCCCUCUCCGAUUCCUUCUGCGUGCAAACAACCCCAAAAUGAUUUCCACAAAGUCCCCCUCUCUAUCUACAUAAAGCUCUCAAUCCCCUCAUCGAUUCAGUCACCAAACUACAUCACUCUAUCCUCAAGUUUGAAGUAAACCUUAGCAAAAGCCUCAUCCCCCCCAAUUAGCCCAGAAAUCCCACUAAUUCUCUCCAAAUUAUUGUUAAUUUAUAGCUAUGGGAGGAUGCCUUCGCUCUAAGCCGGCCGUUCAUGGCAUGGACGACACCGACGACAACACCGAACAGCGGUACAUCUCCGAGCUGAACGCCUACUACGAGGAGGCCUGCCGGCUCGACCCCAAGAUCCAAACCUUCAACCUGACCCUCCAGCGCCGGACCAGCCGCGUCCUCUCCUCCCUCGCAGGCGACGCCGCAGCCCUCCGCUCCCUCUCCUUCAACUCCCUCAGAGAAGCCACUGACGGCCUCCUCGCCGUCAACCACGACGCCUUUGCUGUCGUCCUCGACCUCAAGGAUGACAUCUCCUCCAACCCCGAUCUCCUCUUCUUCGUCAAAGAAUUCUUCAAGAACAGCGUCGAGACCCUCAAGUUCUUCGCCGCCCUCAAACAAUGCCUCCACAGAGCUCAUGAAGCCGAAUCCAUCGUCAACUCCGCCAUACAACUCUUCGAUGGGAAGGAAUUCUCCAAAUCUUUAGAGAAGUUGAGAGAUUUCAGAGCUUUAGGGGAUCCCUUCACGUCGAGCUUCAUCGACGAGCUCCGAUCGGUGUGCGAGCACCAGCGGUCGACGUUGGUUUCAUUGCACGGCAAGAAGGAAGAGAUCGACAAGAAGCUCGGCUGCGUCAAGGCGUGGAGGAAGGUGUGGAGCGUGGCGUACGCGGCGACGUUCGCGGCGGUGCUGAUUUGCUCGGUGGUGCUGGCGGCGGUGGCGGUGCCUCCUGCAGCGACGGCGGCUGCCGCGGCGGCCUCGACGGCGAUGGGGUCGAUUGGGGCGUGGUUCGAUGCGCUGUGGGAGAACUGUGAGGGGGUGUUGGAAGGGGAGGUUGAGGUUAUUGGGAUGGUGAGGAAGGAGACGUUCUUUGCGAUACAAGAGCUGGAUGGAAUGAGGGUGGCGGUGGAGAAGCUGGAGGCAAUGGUGGGGUCGAUGGCGAGGGAGACGGAGUUCGGGAUGAGGGAGGAGGAGGAGGUGGCGGUGAGGGUGGCGGUGGAGGGGAUGAGGAAGAAGUUGGGGGAAUUUGGGAGGAGUCUUGUGGAGUUGGAGAAUGAAGUGGAUAGAUGCAGCGGGGAAGUGGGGAAGGCGUCGGCAGCCGUGUUGCAGACUAUUACUGGAGGAUCAGAAGGUUCGUCGGGGUAGCUCCAUUGGGAGGAAUUGGUCUAGUUGAUGAAAUUAUAAAAUGUAAAAUAAUCAGACAAAUUAUUUUUUUGGUUUACACGAUUUGUCAGUGGGUUUUGUGUGUAUCAGACAAUGAUAUAUAUUUCUUUUCUACACUUUGAAUUUUGUCAUCCAAGACUUGUCUUCUAUUAAGAUAGUUAUUUUUUCGUAAAUAUCUAAAAA